AUAAAACCACAGAAGAAGAAGAAGCCGCGUCAACAAGGAAGUGUGCUGCGUCUUUAAAAACAAGGCGCCAGUAGCUGCAGCUGCACGUCCACAAGGUAAAGACACAAAGGGAUGCCCGCCUCGGAGCCGGUCCGGCUGGGUCGGAAACGAGUCCUGCCCUCCUGCCCGAACCCGCUGUUCCUCCAGUGGCUCACCGAGCUCCGGGACGAGGCGAAAGAGAAAGGACUGAAGAUCCAGUACACCUACCAGAAGGCGAUCAGCUCUUUGAAUAAGUAUCCACUACCGCUUCAAAACGCCAAAGAAGCAAAGAUCCUCCAGAACUUUGGAGACGGGAUCUGUAAAAUACUGGAUGAAAAACUGCAACGAUACUAUAGAGAGAGAGGUCCAAACGCUCCUAUCCACACGCUCCCCGAAGGAGCGCCCCCUCCUGGCAGACCAGACAACAACAGCCUGGCUCCCUCCAGGAAGAAAAAUGCUGCAGGGGAUCAAGGGAAGGAAAAAGGAGGAGGAGGGAAGAAGAAGAAGAAGAGGGAGUACGUACCCCAGAAGAGGUCUGGGGGUUAUGCGGUCCUGCUGACCCUUUACAGACAAUCACAGAUCCCAGGAAGUAAAGGUUAUAUGUUUAAGAUGGAGCUACAAACCGAAGCCCAGCGUCUCUGUGAUAAGUCUUUCAGUGUACCGGAUCUCGGCAGUAAGUACACCGCCUGGUCUUCAGUCAGCACUCUGAUCCAGAAGAACCUGUUGAUAAAGACCCACAAUCCUGCGAGGUAUUCUCUGACAGAUGAGGGUCUGGCUUUGGCUGAACGACUGGAGUCUGUAGAAAAAGGGACUAAAGACGGUCCAGAGGGGGACAGAGAGGAGUGUAGGAGUGAAGACGAGGAGGAAGAGGACAGCGGUCCUGGAGUCGUGGACCUCACCGGUAGUGAUGAUGACAACGAAGAGGACAGAAUAGAUCCUGCAGAGACGCCGGCUGGUGUCGUCCAGCCCAGGAAGGAGGCGGAUGAGAUGGGUUUUUCAGGAAAAUCCCAGAAUUCACAGGCAGUGAGCAGGAAGCCGAACGGAGCUUGUCUCCUACCUGGAACCUAUGAGAUUAUACUCUGUGUUGACUUCAUUGAGACAACUGGCGGCAGCCACCAUCGUAAGCAGGAGCUGGUCAAAGAGCUUCAGAGAAACGGAGUGAACUUCGAUGUCAGGAAGCUAAACGUCGGAGACUUCCUGUGGGUGGCUCGGGAAAAAGUCGCGCCGGUUCCAGGUCAGCUGCGAGCGCCCGAAGGCCGGGAGCUCGUCCUCGAUUACAUCAUCGAGAGGAAGAGGAUGGACGACCUGUGUGGAAGCAUCAUUGACGGACGCUUCAGGGAACAGAAGUUUCGGCUCAAGAGGUGCGGUCUUCGUAGGCCCGUCUAUCUGGUAGAGGAGUGUGGGACGGCUGCAUCCCACCUGAGUUUACCUGAAACUACACUACAGCAGGCCAUAGUCAACACGCAGGUGGUUGACGGCUUCUUUGUGAAGAGAGUCCAGGAUGUGAGAGAGUCUGCGGCUUACCUCACUAUCAUGACGCGAUACCUCACUAAACUGUACCAGAACCGUACGCUGAUCUGUCGCUCCAGAGAGCUGGAGGGUGAUGGAGGGAGUGAUGAGGAGGAGAAAGGGAUGCCUUCCUGCUCUCUCAUUUCUUUUGCUGAGUUCAACCACGGAGCGAUUAAAAACAAGUGUCAGACAGUUAGAGAAGUGUUUGCCAGACAGUUGAUGCAGAUUAGCGGUUUGUCCGGAGACAAAGCAGCUGCUAUACUGGAGCACUACAGCACUCCGCACAGCCUUCUGACGGCCUACGAACGGUGUGCAAGUGAAGCUGAGAAAGAGAAACUUCUCUCCUCCAUCCGAUACGGGAAGCUCAAGAGGAAUCUGGGUCCUGCUCUGAGCAGAACAGUUUAUCAGCUUUACUGCACUCAGGGAGCUUUAUCAUAGAUGGAAACAGUCACCAUGCACACUAUUUAUACCUCUCAGUCUCACAGAUGGAUGCAACCUCAUAAUGUGAAUACAUUUAGUAAUUCAUUUCCAAUUCCUCCGUUACUUGAAUAAAAUUACUUUGAGUAUGUUUCUUUACAUGUUUAUGUAAAUAUAAAGAUGCUGUUAUAUUUUGAUUACUGUAAAAUAUUUCUACUGAAAACCAUGAAAACGUGUAUGAAGUCACAAAUGCAUUAAUAAAGUUUAUUAUUUUGUAUCAUA